UAAAAACAUAAGUCAUCAAAAAAUGUAAGGGGUGGGGUUUAAGCACUGUUUUGAAAAACAUGGCGGCCACCGUUUAUAAGUGGACCCACGAUGAUACCACCAGAUUGAUAGACUGGCGUGCACGCAAUGCGGGAAUCUUCUCAGGCAGGAGAUUAACUGCCAUCAGAGGUUAUGAGUUGUUUGUCAAUGAGAACGGGUUGGAAGGUGUGGUGUCACCAGGAUUUGUCAAGAAGAAAUGGGAAAAUCUUAAACAGAAAUAUGUGACCCUGAAAAGAGACACACUGGAAAAUUGCGCAAGUGGAGCAGCUGAGAGUUGGAGGUGGUUCAGCCAGAUGGAGGAAGCCCUUGGGGGCAGGAUCCCAGACAGUAAGCCGUCCUGUAACAUGAAAAUGCCUGCAGUUUUUAUCUCAACCAACCAGGAUGAGAUGGUCCACUCCCUGGAACUGACAGUAGAGCCACAGUCCCCUCCUCCAUUCCCUCUUCCCCCUCCGGUAAAGAGGCAGAAGACUGAAGCAACUGAUGUCAUGCUGGAGUUCCUGACCAAGCAAGAGGAGCGUGACCAGCAGCGGGACAUUGAGUGGAUGCAGAGAGAGGAACUGAGGGAGAGGGAAGCUCUGGAGAGGGAGGAACAGCGGGAGAGCGAAGCUGUGGAGAGAGAGGAGCGACGGGAGAGAGAGGCCAUUGCCAGAGAGGCUAGACGAGAGAGGGAGGCCAUAGAGCGAGAGGCUCGGAGAGAGAGGGAGGCAAUCGAAAGAGAGGCUCGGAGAGACAAGGAAGCCAGGGAGAGGGAGGACAGAAGAGAACAAGAGUUCAGAGACAGGGAGGAGAGGAGGGAAUCAAGGAAUCCGGUGACAGGAUUUACCUGCUCUUUAUGA